UUUUUAUGCAGCAUUCCAUUUUGUUAAAGAAUAUCCUACCUACAGUUUUCACAUUGAACACUAGUAUGAUGAAACUCUAUAAAUAAUCAAAAUUUCGUUUGGACUUUAAUCUUUCCAUCGUAUAUUAUUCUUAAGUUUACAUGAGAACAUAAUAAUAAUGAAAAGCGGGAUAAUGUCGUUAAUCUUUGCGCUCUAUUUAGCCGUUAUGGUUGUUACAGCGAAUAGCGAUUCCAACUACUACGGGACGACCAAGCCGGUUCAUCCGAAGGAGGAGAAAGUGACACGUCUCCGCUUCUACCUUCAUGAUAUCCUCAGUGGCAGAAACCCCAGCGCCGUCAGAAUCGCACACGCCAAUCUCACCGGCGGCGCAGAUUCGGCAGUAGGAUUCGGAAGCCUGUUCGCGAUGGACGAUCCACUCACCGUGGGACCCGGGAAAGGUUCGAAGGAGAUAGGAAACGGGCGUGGAAUGUACGUAUCCGCGAGCAAAGACAUAAGAAAGUUCACGAUCGUGAUGUACGCGGAUUUGGCGUUCACGACGGGGAAAUUCAACGGAAGCUCGAUAAGCGUGUUCUCCAGGAAUCCGGUAGCCGAAGAGGCGGGAGAGAGAGAGAUUGGGAUCGUGGGAGGACGUGGUAAAUUCAGAAUGGCUAGAGGCUUCGUCAAAAUCAAAACGCAUCAGAUCGACAUGAAGACAGGCGAUGCUGUUCUCCGUUACGAUGCUACUGUUUACCAUUAUUAACCACAUCAUUUUAUGUUCAAACUAUAAUUUGUAACAACUCUACAAUUAUAUUUCCGAUUCAAAUGAUAAUCCGAUUCCAAA